AUGUCUACUAAAAGUAGCCAGUCAUCAGGAGAGUCAUCACCUCUCCUUCCCACCACUUUCCAACAACCCACACAGAUCUUCUCUUCAGAGGAAGAGUAUACCAAGGGAGAGGAGAAGAGUUCAAAGGAAGACUCUCCAUUUCUUGAAGAAAAUGAGUAUCUGGAAGAGAAUGAGUAUCUGGAGAAGAAUGAGCAUCUGGAGAAGGAAAAGCAUCCACAGGAAGAUGACUAUCUGGAGAAGGAAAAGCAUCAGAAAGGAAAGAAGGAUCUGAAUGAACAGGAGUCUCUGAAGGGGAAAAAGCAUCUACAGAAGGAAAAAAAUUAUUGGCAUGAAGAAGGCUAUCAAGAAAAGGAACUCCAGGUGAUUUAUCCAUCGCACACCCCGCCUAAUCUUAAUGAAAGAAGCCCAGCUGCUGCCGUCUCUCAGGCGAACACCCUCCUCACCGUCACUCCUCCCACCUUUGAACAUGCCAGGAAGUCUUCUCACUCUGCCAAGAAGACUUUUAUCGCCUUCAAGGAGAAUGCUAGAGGAUCUCUGCCCUGGCAAAACCAGGGCACGCAGACAGAGAGCGCCUAUGAGACUCAGGGACCUUCAACAUCAAAAGUAAAAACAGAGCAAGAAGCCUCAAAAAUAGCACACACCUCAAAGUUGGAUUCAGAAGCACAUGAAGUGCCACAACAGGAAGGAAAUGCCAUGAAGUUGGUCCCUCGAAGAAGCUUCUAUGAGGCUAUAUUAAAAGAGCGCCCUGACAUACUGGAUGGCAUGGACCUCGAUGACAGUCUUUUUAAGAGCUCCUAUCACACAGUAUUUAAGACCGUGCUCAAAGAACAGGCUGCUCACAGUGAACUGGACGAGGAUACUGACAUUCCCCUGACUGGCCAACUGGAAAGUGAAACCAGAAGGAAACUGAGAAUUCUGUUGAAGACAAACAUUGAAAAGUACAAGGAAGUAAUUCACUGGAUUAUGGAGAAACGUGGAGCCAUAUUCAGAGAUUCAGAUAUGGUUACUCGCACAUUUAAUUUAUUGAGCCAAACUCAGAAGCCCACGACAGAAGGAAAAAAACCUCACCGUAUUCGUCGUAAAAAGAAAUUAGAUACAGAAAUAGAUACAGAGUGGAUGAAGAGCAGCACUGAGGUGUUUGAAGAUGUUGUAAAAGUAAUUCUCUACCCCAAUGAGAAUAUCUUCCGAAUUCUCUUUUCUGAUCAAUCAGGCCAGAUACAUUACCCAUCGGGAAACCUGGCUGUGCUCUCCUUCUGUACGCAAGAGAGCCAGUUCACAUAUAUCAUUUUGGAAGACAGUAAAGAAGGGUGUGUUCGAGCCCUUAUCAACAACACUGGCCAUGCCACCAUCUAUGAUGAAUACAGAGAAAUCUGGUUGAGCCUGAGCCAAAACCUGGGCUACUACUUUGACAAAGACAAAUCCCAGAAGGCCUGGAACUGGUGGAACCUGAACCUGCACGUCCACGCGCCCCCUGUCCGGUCUAUCUCCUUAAACAUCAACCAGUAUAUCAAGGUACAAGUCAAGAGCCAAAAUGAGAUCAUCUUCCGCUUCAUCCACCAAACAAACCGCAUUUCCUUAAACCUGGGCACUAAGUACAAGUUCAUCAACCCGGAGAGGCUGAAAGAAAUGAAGAUGAAAGCAAUCCUGGAGGUGGACUUUGGUUCAACGGCUCGGAAGAUUCAGGUCCUUCUGGGCAAAAUGAGUAGGAUCCUGCAUUUCCUGACCAUGCGUGAUUUGGAAAACUUCAUAGAGAGCGCCACGAACUUGCUGCGGAACAGCAGUCGGAAAAGGAAGAAGUUUUAGGUCCCGACGAGCGCCGUCGCCACACUGCCCCGGG